ACCCGGGGCGUGAUGCGGGUUCGGGGUUCGGUCGGCCGCGGCGGCAGGGCGUGAGGCGAGUCAUGGCUAACGUCAAGGUGGCCGUGCGGGUCCGGCCUCUGAGCAAAAGAGAGAGUGCAGAAGGAGGAAGAGUGAUUGUAGAAGUUGAAGACAAAGUAGCAAAAGUCAGAAAUAUAAAGAUGGAAAGUAGGCUUGAUAGCACUUGGGACUCAAGAGAAAAGACUGUGGCCUUCAGCUUUGAUUACUGCUACUGGUCAGUAGAUCCUGAAGAUCCAAAGUAUGCUUCUCAGGAAAUGGUGUUCCAGGACCUUGGCACUUCCGUCUUGUCAGGUGCAUUUAGAGGAUACAACAUCUGCCUCUUUGCAUACGGACAGACAGGCUCAGGAAAAACUUACACAAUGAUGGGAACCCCUGCAUCCAUUGGUCUGACACCCCGUAUAUGUGAGGGCCUCUUUUCAAGGAAGGAUGAUUACUCAGAUCAGACAGCAUCAUGCAGAGUAAAGGUCAGUUUUCUCGAAAUCUAUAAUGAGCGUGUCCGAGAUUUGUUAAAACAGUCAGACCAAAAGAAGCCUUACACACUUAGAGUCCGAGAACACCCUGAGACAGGACCAUAUGUGCAAGGAUUGACUCAACAUUUAGUUACAGACUACAAGCAAGUUGUAGAACUUCUAGAAGAAGGAAUAGCUAAAAGAAUCACAGCAGCUACACAUAUUCACAAUGCCAGCAGCAGAUCCCAUGCUAUCUUCACCAUCCAUUACACUCAGGCUGUUUUGGAGAACAAUCUCCCCUCUGAAAUUGCAUGCAAGAUCAACUUAGUGGACCUUGCAGGCAGUGAAAGAGCAGAUCCUAGUUACUGUAGAGACCGAAUUACCGAAGGUGCCAACAUUAACAAGUCACUAGUUACACUUGGAAUUGUCAUCUCCACUUUAGCACAAAAUUCACAGAUGUUCAGCAGCUGCCAGAGCAUAAACACCAUAACAAGUGAAGGGGAGAGCAGUCACGUGGACAGUCCUUCCAUGGGCAGUGUCAGUGGGGCCAGGCGACCAGCUUACAUCCCCUACCGUGACUCCAUCCUCACCUGGCUUCUGAAGGACAGUCUGGGGGGCAACUCCAAGACCAUUAUGAUUGCCACUAUCUCUCCUGCUAGCUCCAGCUAUAACGAGACCAUGAGUACCUUGAGAUAUGCUUCAAAUGCCAAAAAUAUUAUUAACAAGCCCAGAGUGAAUGAGGAUACAAAUGUAAAACUCAUCAGAGAACUGCGAGAAGAAAUUGAUAGGUUGAAAACUAUGCUGAUGAGCUUUGAACUGAGGAAUUCCAGUCCUUCUUGGAGUGAUGACAGGGAUGGAAAUCUGACCGAGCUGGUCCUUCAGAAUGAAAUGAAGAUUGAGCAAUUGACCAAAGACUGGACAAGUAAAUGGACAGACAGGAGAGCCAUCAUGGAAGAAUACAGUGUGGACAUCAACAAAGAAAAAGCUGGAGUAACAAUAGAUUCUAGCUUACCUCAUCUAAUGGCCAUGGAUGACGAUAUCCUCAGCACAGGAGUGGUGCUGUAUCAUCUCAGGGAAGGAACAACCAAAAUUGGAAGAAUUGAUUCAGACCAAGAUCAAGACAUUGUUUUGCAGGGGCGGUGGAUUGAAAGGGAUCAUUGUAUGAUAGAUAACCACUCUGGAGUUGUGACACUGCGACCAGUUCAGGGCGCACACUGCACUGUGAAUGGAUGUGAAAUCACCGGAUCAUGUCGUCUGUCACAAGGGGCCCUUGUUGUCCUGGGCAAGUCUCAUAAAUUUAGAUUCAAUCACCCGGAAGAAGCUGCUAUCUUAAGACAAAGAAGAUCAAUUAGUGAAACCUCACCCAUUCUGAGUUGUGGAGCUUUGGACUGGCUCAACUUGGAUGGAAGUUGUACCCAUUCUUCUCACUAUAUCCUUUCUUCUCUUGACAAUCAAAAAUGUAGAAACUGCAAAGAAAACAAACGUUCUUCUGAACCAAGCAGAGAAAUAGAUGCUGUGCAUGAAGAGUACAAGCAGAAACUGAGAGACCAGGAAGCUUUCCACAGAAAACAAAUUCAACAGCAGCAGCUCUAUGUUGAGGACUUAAAGCAGCAGAUCUUGAGAGGACAGAUCAAAGCAGAGCGGGAACUAGAAAAUGACCAAGCACUAAUCAACCAGCAGAUCCAAGAGAACCAGCAGUGGCUUAUAAAUGAAAAUAAACGACUGGCAGCACUUCAGCAGAGGGAGUUUGCAGUGCAAACGGAGUCCACGCUGUGUGCAGAGGCUGAGGUGCAGAGCACCCUUGGGCUGGAAAUUUGCCCUUCCCUGCUACAGCAGAACAAGAAGAGACUGGUGCAGCUGGAGCUCUUGCGAAGACACUCCUUAAAAAAGGCAGAAAGAAACAUAAGACGGAAAAAGGUGAAAUUCCAGCUGGAAAGGAUAGUCAAGAAGCAGAAGUUAUUGGAAGCCAAGCAAAACCUUGAGCAGCUGGAAGCUUGCUGUCUCAGUGAAGAGUGUGUGAAACAAUCCCAAGUCCUGCAUGAAAAUAUAGCUAUAGGGUCCUCUUCAGAUCACCAGUUGCAAAAGAGAAGAAGGUCACUGGGUUCGAGUUCCUUGCAGCACAAGAGGCAUUGGUGCUGUAAUCCACGUCUGCCCCAGGUACCCAGCUGUUUAUUGAAGAGAGAGACUGUCUCAAAGAUAUCUACCUCACCAAAUACUGAUCAAUGCUGUGAAGGCAGUACAACAGGGAGGUUGUCAUCUGUAGAACAUCUUUACAGAAGAAGUAAAGACACUUCUGGGAAUGAUGACCUUAAUGAUGAAAAAGGGGUCUCUUUUUCAGUCCAGAGGCAGCUAACUGAAAAACAGAAGGCAUCUUCAUUUGGAAAUAAAGAAGGAGCAGAGAAAGACUCCAAUGAUUCAGCCAUCAUGGCUUAUAUCAGUAGAAACAAUCCAAAAAUUGGAAAGUUGGAUGACAACCCAGGCCAAGAUGGACUUCAAAACCAGACCUCUAAAGGCUCCUCUCCUGAUCUUUCUAAGGGGAAAGAUGAGCCUGAAACCUUUAUUGCAGGGACAAGAAUGACAAAAGCAAAGGUGCUAAGAGAUUUAAAUCAGCCUUCAAGUAGCAAUCUAGAACAAAGUAGAGCUCAGGUAUCCAAUAAAAAGACUAGACUGGAUAUCAAUGGAAAAGGUCACAGGUCUUCUCCAGAAAACUUUACUCAAGAAGUGAAGAAAACCAUCUCUGGAAACCCAGCGUCAGUGCAUCUAAACAAAACAGCUAAGAACUUGAAGGAAGAGUCACACUCAGCCUUGCCAAGUGAUGAGAAAUCAUCAGUGAAACAGAAAGAAUUUCUGAUGGUGGCAACAUCAGUAGGAAAUCUCACUAAGAUGAACACACAGACACCACUCUUUUAUGUUGAAAAGAAAUGGCACAGUGCUGAGAUGCUAACUGCUGGAGUGUCCAAAACAGCCACAGAUAUGCUGGAAAACUGGCAAGAGGAUGAUGAAAAUGAGAUUUCUGAUACUGACAGUUCCUAUUCUGUAGAUUCUCUCUCCUGUGCUUAUGCAAAAGCUUUCACAGAGAAACCAAAGCAAGCUUUUGACAGAAAUAAGUGUCUUGUCAACCCAGAAGAUUCUGAGAGUGAUGACAGUCAAAUGUCACAAGACUCUCUGGUAGAAAAGGAAAAUAAAGCCAAGAAGAAAAAUAAAAACCCCUUUCACAAAUCAAAGGUCCACCUUGAGCCACCAAAGCUUUUCAAAAGCAGAACUGUGCACCAUAAUUCACCUUUUAUGACAUAUAUAUCUCGUAGGGGACUGGGAAAGCCUGAAAGAAGCUUUUCUCUGGACAGCUUAGGUGAUGGAGAAGAGAUGCCAGCAGAAGAUCCAAUAGAAGAAUCCAAAUCUGAUUCAUCUGAAGAAAUGCCAGCAGAGAUUUUUUGGAAAUUACAAGCUCCUGUACCACCAGCUAUACAGACUGAGGAAGAUCAUGAGUCCAGGUCCUGUGACAGAGAUGCAGAAGGGAAAAAUCAUGAUCUGAAGCUGAGCAGUUCCUUUUAUUUGGACAAUAAACCACAGCUUGCUUCCAGUAAUCCUUGCAAGCAGCUGAUGACAGGGGCAGAAUUCUCCUUUGUAGAACAAGAAAGGUCUCGUGACAGAAGACUGUAUUGUACAAGGGGAAGUCCUUUGCUUCCUGCAGAUGCUUGGUCCUCCUGUGUCACAAAGGUUAAUGCCAGCAGCCCCCAUGUAACAGCACCUUCUUCCCAUGAAAAUUCAGAAUUUCAAGAAGCUCAUUUGCGUUCCUUGAGCAAACCAGAGCUUUGGGUGAAGAAAGAUGAUCUAAAGCAGUCAGCUGCUGAAGUUUCUUUUGUCUCUGGUUCCAAGCAGGUACACAGCUUUACUCAUUUAUCAUGUCAUGUAAACAAAAUGGACACUGUCUUCUCUGACACAUCAGAAGUACCUUUACCUGAAACAGCAACAACUGCAAGCAGAGUUUCUACCAGUGGGCCGUUAAAGAAGAUCCUGAAGGGAUGGACAGACUCUAAUGAAAAUUCUUCUUUGGAAUCUCAAGAUGGAAUGUCCUUGUUUGUUAGCUUGGUAGGACCAAGCUCCUCUUUCACUCCUAUUUCAGCAAAGCAUGAUUAUUAUGAACAUACAGGGUCAAAUCCCCCUGAACAAGAACAGCUCAACAAAUUAUCUGCUUACAAGUCUACCAGUGAGUGCACACAAAUGUUCCACUGUUUGGAAAGUGCCUCCACUGCAGACUGCUCCUCACUGCUAUCUAGGAAAGAGGAACAUUCUUUCCCCACAACUCAUCCAGAGUUACCCAAAGAUCACAAUCUGAAAAAAACACCUUUUAUUUCUGUGUUGCCUGUACAAGUUUUGGGGCAGAGAAAUGGCUGUGUUGAUGGAGAUUUGAAAGGUGAUUUCUUCAGAGGUUUUGAAAAAGAUGACCUUGAUGAUGACUUCAAUAACCUGAUGACAAAAUCAAGUAAGACAGAUUCCAGCAGUGGAACUGCAUCUGUCAGUGUACCUGCUGCUGGAUCUUUUACAGGACUUGCUUGUAGUAUGACCUCAACACAGACAUCUGCAGUAAAACAAGUCCAGUUUGGAAAUCAUGGGCAGCUUUUUCCAAGAAGGGAAAUACCAACAUGUUGUGAUGAAGGUUUCUUUCUCAGUGACUUAACAAACAAGAACUACUCAUUAGCAAAGCUUCAGACAUCAGCUAGACAAGGAGCAGGAUCAGCUGUUAUAGAAGGUCUUUUUGGGUCUGGGGAGAAUCAUUUGAAAACAAUGCAAGAGAUGGAUUCUGAGCAAAUAUCUGCAGAAGAAAUAACAGUAGAGACAGAUUUUUUCUCACAGAAGACAAUGUAUCGAUGCAACCCUUUAGUGGUUGCUCACAGCGUGAGUUACGAUCAGUCUGCAGCACCAAUAGAGAUGACUCAGCAAGAGAUGAUCUGUAUGGAAACUAGCACAGAUAGCCUGGCAGAGUUUGUGCCAGAGGUGCCUUCGUUCAGAGAUACUGAAGAACACAAACCAGAGGAUGAGGACUUUUCUUCACUGAGUCAUUAUGAAUUCAAAAGCAAACCUGUUUCAAAAAGUUAUUGCCACGAAUGUGCUGCAGCAGACAGUCAGACAAAAUGCUCAUCCCAACACAUUUCAGAAGAUUCUACAUUAUGCAUUGGUAAUGGAAGAGAAGAAAGCAGUGAGAGCAAAGAACACAAUGUCUUGAAUUCUCAGGCUUUAGUUCAGGAAGACUUUUCAUCUAAGUAUGAAAGCUUAGUAGUAAAUGAAGUGAGUUAUCUUGUAGUGAAUGGGAAUGGGAAAGAUGCAGAAUCCUUCCCUGCUGCUGUCUGUGACAGUGCAAAUGAUUUUCUCCCGGAAUCCAACUCAAGCAUAAUUUACGAAGCUUCAGCUACAGCCAAUCUUUUUCAAAGCACAUCAGAGACUGAAAAUCAUGAUAACCUCUUGCAGCAUGUCACAACAGAGAAGGGACAUUACUGUGCCACAUCUAGUCUUACUGUGGGAGGCGGUGCUGCAGAAAGUUGUUCCCACGUGAAUUCUGGCUCCUUUAGCACAGCAUGCUCUUCAACAGGUGAGAGGAAGAGUACACAUGAGACAGCUGAUAUCUCUGUGGAAUUUGAUGUGACCAUUCUCUCAGAAGCAGAAACAGAGAACAAAUGUUUACCUGAAUCCAGAGAACAGAAAGAAGCCUUGUUUGAAAGUGAUUGCCCAGAAGAGAUCUUGCUUGUUAAAGAUGGUGUACAGUCAGAGUCAGAAAAAGUACUUGAGUGCAGGACAAAUACAUCAGCUACUGUGUCUCAAGAGAAUAAUGAAGAAUCCAAGUGUUUAAAAACUCCAGAAAUCAAUUCAGAAGCAAUCAUGGUUUCUUCUCAGAAUGCAAAAUCAAACGCCGAUGAAGAACUAACAGAAGUAACUAAUAGUGUAGUCAGUUUAGGAACAAAUGCAUUGGCAAAUAAAUCCAGGCAGAUUGAAAGUUUACCUGGCUACCCAAUAGACAAAAUCCAAAGCGUAGCUGAAGACAGGAGCAGAGAGGAUUUUAAGGACAUUAGUCUGUCUCAGAAUCCAAAGAAACCACUUGAUGCUGUAGCUUCUGAAGUUCAGUGUGAGUUUUAUACAAAUCUCUGCUUGACACAUGAGGAGGUGGAGAGGGAUGGACUGCCGGUAGCCUGCAGCAGGGCAGAACAUGCUCAGGCAUCAGAAGCACUCCUGCAUUCUGGCAUCAGCUUUGGCCAAAAAGAAAUAAGUGAGGAAAUGGAAAUGGGUUUUUACUCACCAGAGUUUUCUGUUGCUCCCAAAACCACUCCUUCAGCUGUGUGUUCCCACACCACAGAUUCUGUCACUCAGAAUACUUCAGGCUUCCUUGAUACAUGUGAGGGAUUUUUACAGAUGAGCAGAAGAGAAGAAAAUGUGUGUAAUACAGAGGAUGUAGCUGCAACAGUACUAAUCACAAGUGGGCAGGGAGACAUUUUAUCAAAACCUGAAAAUGAAGGGCAAGUAUAUUGUAGUACCUUAACUGAACCUCACGUACCAAACCAUUUGUCUCAGGAAGACAAGCUUAAUGAAUGUGAGGAGACUGGGAGCGAAGAACAAAUCCUGACAAAGACUGAGGGGCUGACUAUUAUGAGGCAAGAACUCAUACACACAGAUGGAAAUGUUUUGUUUACUGAAGAGUCUCCAACUCUCCAUCAGAUGUGUUGUGACAGAGAGGAUAAAGAGGAAAUUUUUAAUCAGUUUAGGAUCCCGGAAAGAUACUUGACAGCUUCCGGGCUAGAAGACAAUAUGCUGUUAGAAGAUGAUUCGAGUUACCAUGAUCCUACUGAAAUGAGUGAAGAUGGUGGCUCAGUGGACUCUCUUACAGAUAUAAGCAAUGCAGUCAUGAAAGAAGCUGAUGCAUAUGAGUAUUCAAUUGGUGAUAGUACUGGUGUUGACCAAUACAGAACUGAACAAGAAUGUGAAAAUCUCCACAUUACAGAGGACAGCCAUACAUAUAUGAGCUGCUCUGUGCAAUACCCUGAGCCAGGCACUUCAGAAAACUUGAAUGUAAGUAACAUUAAGAAAAGACAUGACAUUUGUGGAUUGGCUCCAGGAGGCUCCAGAGCUGAGGAGGAGAAAGUGCAUUUGAUGGAUCUAAUUCAAAUGGCCAGAACAGACAAAGAAAAGCAGAUGUUUGUAGAAAACUCGGAGGAGGCAGGAGUGAUCAUUUUACAAAACCUGAAUGAACUAUUCCCUGAAAACAAAGAGAGCUGCCAAAUGACACAUAGUGACAGCAAAUUAAAUGAAACCAUAAGAGAGAGCCAGUGGGUGUCUACCUGCUUUUCCAGAAAUAGCAAAGAUACCAACAAGCAACAAAGCCCACCAGCCACACUGAAGUCUACUGAAAAAACCCACCAAGGUUCAUUUAAAGGUUCCUCGUGCCAGUCUGUAACUCAUGUUUUAUACCUUGGAAUAACUGAUGAUUCCCAUCUUGCUCAAGACAUUCCCACUGCAUUGAAAGACCACACAAAACCACCUAACAGCAGUGCUGGGACUGGAGCGGUUCUGCCUUACUAUGAAACACUAAUGGAGAGUGAGGUCUGUGUUGGGACACCUGCUACAGUAAACACAAAUGGAGAAGAAAAACAUCUUUCUGUAAGAAAGAAUGUGCCAUUUCAGCAGACCAGGACCACACAGGAUAGGCAUGGGGAAGAAUCCUUUUUAUUUAACACUACACUCGAUUACGCUGUGUCUGGGCACCUUGUCAGUGAGAACAUCUCUUCCACUCCCUGCAGUGCAGGCCAUCCUGAGUCUGAAACUGUUGUACUUAAGCAAGAGGCCAAGGAAAACUUGGAUUUUUCUGAGACUAAAACUCAGAAUCUUAACAAUGCUUAUGAAGAUCACAGUGCAGAUUUAAUGGUUAAUAAGCUAUCAAAAGAUUGCCUCGAUUCCACAGAAGAUACAGCUCAAGAGAAAGAGGGUGCCAGUGUGCCUUAUUCACUGCUCUUGGAUAAUUCAAGCCUGCUUUCUUCUUCGGAGGAAGAAGUGAUGAAAGGUCUAGGAGGGGGGGAAAUGCCUUCUUUACUAGAAGUCUGUUCACAAAAAACAUUUCACAGUAAUAACACUACUGAGAGAGUAUCUCACUCAGGGAGUUCAUCCCAGUAUGAUGAGGAGGAGACAUUUUUAAGCACAAACUAUACUGCAACAAACAGUAAAAAUGACAAUGUAGAAUUUUCUGGUGUAGCUGGAUGUCAGCCUGAGCCCAGCAAAAAUCAAGGUCAUGUGAAUUUGGAAGAGCUCUGCGUAGACCAGAUGGGCAGCACUGUUUCUAAGAAUGCUUCAGCCCCUUCAGAAGGCCUGGACAAGUCUCCAUGUGGAAAUCUACAUUAUAGUACAAAGUUUGUAAAUUGUAAUAGAAUCUUGGGUACUUCUGAAUAUCCUCUUGGUCUCCUGAAUCAUCCAUCAUCAUCUGCAGAUGCUUUGAUUGCUGGCAAUAGAGACAAGGGUGAAAACAAUGCUGUUCCCUGUGAGGAAACGAAGUACAUUGAAGGUGAAUCAGCUGAUUUAAGUGUAUCUCCAACUUUUCCUGACAUUUCUCAAAGAAGAGAUGAAAAGAAAAAUAAUUCUGCAGUUGCAGAGGCCAGAUGCAUUCAGAAUAAUAAACUCCCUGGGAAAGUUGCAGAAACAGAUCAAAAGGAGGAAAUAAUUCAAGGUUCUUUCCAGAACUGCAAUGACAUAAAAGAAAAUAAGAUUAGCAAGUACUUGGAACACUGCAGGAACCCUUCUAGUGUGACUGUACCAGAAUUGAGCUUGCUUACUUUUCAGAGCAAAGGACAGACUGGCAGUAAAGAAACAAAGUCUUUUCCAUCCCACUUUGCAGAAGGUUCUCCAGAUGAUACACCAUUUCAAAGCUCCAAGAACUUUAGUGCUUCUGACACUUCUUGUUUGCUUGAUAACUCAAAAACUCUAUCAUUUACUCAUCUUGAGGACUCACUUCAGGGCACUUAUUUGACUGGGCAUGCAUCCUCCAGUUCUGCAUCUGUGUGCUCUGCAAAUGAGGGAGGUUUUCCUCAAGCAUUUGCAAGUGUCAGUCACCCAUCCUUAACACCAUUUCCAGACCCUCCUUUAACUGCAGAUACAGGCCAGGGUGAAACUGGCAGGCACAGAAUUUCGCACACAGGUAUAAUGCAGCGUUCUCCAUCUGUUAUCUUGCAAAUACAAGACACUCAGUCUGACAAGGCCGUGGUAUUUGAUGAACCAACAUGUGCUUCAGGGAGUAUUUUACUUUCUCUUGCAAAAGAAAACAGGCAUUGUCCAGUAUCAGACACAAACUCUACUUCAUAUCAAAAGUCUGCUGUGGAGCAGGAACCUGCAUAUGGAAGUAAUCAUCAAAAAUUCAGCAAUGCUACAGAAGUUGAUCAGCAGCGCUGGGUUAAAUUUCCACCACAAGAAGCUUGCACAGAACACACAGAGAAAGCACUAAAUGAGAAUUCUUUUUUGUUCCCGUCAUUAAGUUUUUGGGGUACUGGAAGGACAGCUCUUGUUCAAGAGGGACGAAGGAGAAAAGGAAUGAACAGAAAUGAAGAAGAACUGCAUUCAAACACUCAAGCUGAACAUUCUGUACUAACGACAGAACAGAGCAAAACAGUAAGUAGAGAACCUGUUCAAAAGCAAAGUGAUGGGUCCUCAAAUGCUGCAAAUGAAUUAAUAAGCUCAGAAGUUACAGUGCUAGAAAAUCUGUGUUCAGGAGAUGUUGAUGUGGCUCCUGAACACACCUGCAAUUCAUUUAGUCCAGCAUAUCCCACAUUCAGCAGAAGCACUGGUUGCAGCCAGCUGUACCACACUGCCUUGGUCUUUGAAGAAACCCCUGCAGAUCUGCAAGAUAAUUGUCAAUUUGUGCCUGUUGGUGAACAGGCAGAACAAGUGCCAGAAAGAACAAGUACAGAUGGUGGAAAAGAGAUUUCCCUUUGCAAAAUCAAUACAGGUUUGAGCAUUGAUAACCCUUCUGUUGCUGCUGCAAACAAUCGCUCAACAACAGAAGAGUCUACGAUGAGGAGAAAGGUUCUGAAAUCAGAAAGAACAACAUUUUCUGUAAUGAAUAAUAAAAGUACAUCUGUAAAUUGUUUACCAGAAAGUCAUGAUUUGGCUCCUCAAGAAUCCAAAUCAGUGCAGUUCAGAAGCAAAAGAUCAGAUUCUACUACACAGAAUACAAAGAGCUGUAAACAAAGUGAACACAGAUCUUAUUUACAAAGUCACCGACUAUCAGCUCCAGCUAUUGCUGUCUUCUCUGAUACAGAAUAUACUUUGGAAGCCUCAUCUAAGGCAGAUCCUCCUUUGUUAUGUUCUGCAUCUAAAUCGCUACAAGAUUUAAAUAUGAGUGUAGAGCCUCCAUCACCAACUGAAGAUGAUCUUCACAGAACUGAAAGAUUUUCAAAACAGGAAUUAAAGAACUUUCUGCAUAUUGAAUCUAACUCCAGAUUUCAGCAAAGAAUGACACAGCUUAUGAAGCUUGAAGAUUAUGAUCCCAAAAAUGUACCACAUUUUGCAGCAAGAAGCCAAAGCAGUCACUCCUUAAAAGACUGUGCUACUCAACCUCCACUGUCCUUGCUGCACACAGCUCACAGUUCUGCAGGUACAGAAGCAAACUGCCAUUCAAAGAGUAGCUCUGUAGCUCAGUGUAGCGAAGGGAAAGUUGAAGAAGCUGGAUACCAGCCAAAAACAGGUUUAUUUUUGCAAGACAAUAAAGAUACAAUGCGUUUCAGUUCAAGUGAUGUCAACCCAUUUAUUUGUCCAUGGGGAAGAGAUGAAUCAUGCAAGAUUGGCUGGAAACAGUAUGUUUUUGGAAGUGCAAGUGAUGUCUCUUGCAAUCAAAUUCCUUUAAACCUGGACACUUGUAAAGUUAUGAGAUGUUCUAGUGUAGACAAUGGAUUGAAUUCUCAAAAUUCUCCUUUUCAUUCUCAUCUCAGUUCAUAUGCUACAGCAAAGGUUUUGUCGAGCACUUUGAGCAGUAUUGAAGGUCUUCAAGGAUGGGACAAUGUCAGACAAGAGUUUCAACCUGCAUGCUCAAGUGACAGUACCAAGCAGCAUGGCAAUGUAUCUAGUGAGAUAUUGAAAGCUGAUCCAGAAAAUUACACUGCUGAAUUGGAGAAUCCUUCUGCACAACCUGGCAACUCUCCAGUGCAGGUUGAUGAAAUUGUACUCCUGUAUCCUUCUGAGUCUGAAAGGUUGGCCAAAAAACUACCGAGGAUUACCUGUGAGCAGGGAACACAAACAGCAACUACAGGAAAGUAUAAAAGGCAAAGGAGACAUCAGAGAAGCUAUACAGAUGUUUCUGCAAGAAACCAGGAAACAAGCAGAUAUUUAUUUCAUCAACCCUCUUCUUGGAUGAGCAUGCAGAACUUGUCCAUGCAUCUGUCACAGCUGCUUCAGAACACUUCUGAGCUGUUGGGAAACCUUUCCCAGCAGAAUAUCAUGGAUAAUGAGCAAAAUCUCAAAACCAGCCAAAGAGAAAAUGAAGAGGUUGUUAAGGCUACUAGAUCAGAUAGCUGCACUCAGACUACAGCAGAUGUAGGCACUCAAACUGAGCUUUUGGAAGAACCUCAAAGCAAAACAAAACCAGCAAGGGGAAAAAUGGAAGAUGAGUUGAGGGCAGCACAGGCAGUAAAUGUGAAUUGGAAGGGAACAGGUGGUAAGAUUCCCAAAAGGAAAGAGCAAACACUCUCUCUUGAAGAAAGGACACAAGAAGGAGCCGGGAUGAGAAACCUGAGCAAUCCUGACUUCCAUGACAGUCUUGCCAGCAUUUUGGAAGAUUCCUUUAUGCGUCUGCCUCCCUUGCCUAGAACAUCCACUCCUAUCCUAGAUUUUAAAAAAGCAUUAUUGAAUGGCCAGCAGAAUGUUGCUUUUGCAGGUACCAGACUUUCGUCUGCCACAUCAUCUUCGCUGAGUUUGGGGAAAGAUGGCUCUUCAUGCACUGUAGCUAGCAGCACCUCUCAGCCUCCAUCAUCUUACACCCAGGAUAAAACUGUCAGUGAUCUGGAGGUUCCAGCUGAAAGAAAACGUAGUUACAAAAGCACUCUGCUAGUCGAUAGGGCCUCCUCCCCUAUUCUUACUAUUAGUGCUAGUCCCAGCAGCCAGACGGCUUCUAGCAGAUCUGCCUGCCCUGGAAACAAAUCUCUUGGAUAUUCCAGUGAUGCUUCAGGUCCCCUUUACAACCAGAGAAGACAGGGGGCAAGUCCAAAAUCCAGCAGGCAACCUCACGUGGACAACUUUUCACAGACAGAAGCAGACACUGAAUCUGGCACUUCUAGAGAACUUAAGGACAAAAGAGAGAAACCUAAAAGCUGCUCCAAUAAGAAAGCAGCCAAAGAGGUUUUAGGACAGGAUGGAUCAAAAGACUUGGAACAGCAGUGCAGACCCAUGAUUGACACUUGGGCCAAACGACUGUGUCGCUCCAGUAGCACCUUGGAGAUGUCAGCUCACAGGGAGCUUUUAGCAGGUGAUCUCAAACACCGCAGCCCACUGGCACAUCCACUUCGUUGUAUGUAUGCCACGAGGGGAGAAAGAGGUUCUUCAGCUGGAGUUAGAUGUGGAAAGUAUGUUGGUAAUUCUGAUACUGCUUUGAGUCAUAACUUCUUGCCUCUAAAUGCUGACUUACUUUGUAAUAAACAAAUGAGUACCACUUCUUUAGGUAAGACAAAUGCUAGUGCCUCCUCAGAAUCUCUGGUAGAAGCUGCUUCUCUACAAUUCCGUGAUUUCUUCUGGAAAAAUGAAAAGAGCUGCCCUACCCCACUCUCUGAUGGAAGAAAUGAGCAAACUUCCUUCCAAGAUGACAACACAGGUUCUGUCACUGAAAGCGGAUGUGACACUGAAAUUCCUCUCAACAGAAGUAUUUCUUUUGCAAAGCCUCACAGGCCUCGGAGCUACAGUCUCCGCGACUUGCCCAUGCACAAUAAAUUCAGCAACUGGUGUGGUGUUAAGGGCAGCCCUUCUCCUUCCUUGCUCAGCCUGAGCAGCAGUGUCACCGAUUUACAAAGUCAGGCAGAAAGGAAACCUAGAAGCACACAAGAAACAGAAAUAGGAGGGAAUUCCCAGCUCUGUGACACCAGGAGCAGAGAGAUCGAGAGGCUUCAGCGAGAGCGUGCUCAGGUUAUGUCUGGUAUUCACCUGGAUCUGCAUCAGCAGCCCCUCACUGUGGAGCUGGCCGAAGCAAAGCUCAACUACGGCAUUGGGGAAACAGAUGCCCUGCUGAGGGUCCUUCAGAGUGGGACUGCAGAUGACCCAGUGGCCAUGCCAGUGAAGCAGAAACUUUAUGAAAGGCACAUGAAGACUAUUGAAACUCUGAGGAAGGAAAGAGAAAAAAGGCUACAAAGAUACCAAAGAAGCCGAAGUUUGAGUCCUCAGAAGCAUCUGAGUCUGUUGCAGACAUUGGAUUCAAGUCAGAGGGAUCUAGAUUUCCCCAGCAGACGUCUAGAAUAUCUGCAACAACUGAGAAGGGAUGUGGUAGAAAAUACCAGAGCUCAGGAACCAAAAAGAAGCAUUCAGCAUCCUUCAGACAUUGAACUGUUGCUCCGAGACUACCAGAGGGCACGAGAGGAAACCAAGACUGAAAUUGCGCGAGCUCGGGAGAAGCUCCGGGAGAGAGCUGAGCAGGAGAAGAGGCGCCUUCGGGAGCAGAUGUUUGCCCAGUUAGAGAAGGAAGAAGCAAAGCUAAAGACUCUUGCAAGUACCAGCACUUUAUGUACAGACUCCAGCCUCAGCCUCUCAUCCAGUCCAUCAUCUGGUUACAACAGCAGCAACACUGCUACAUACACUGCCAGUAACCUCAGCAGCCAGGAAAGACAGGUUUCCUCUGGAAAUGCUUCGCUUUCAAGAGAUACACGAGGCCGUUCUGCUGUUAGAAACAGCCACCUUUAUGUUUUAGAGCAACUGCAGCAGGGGUCAACAUUUGAGGCCACCAGAAUUCAGCCAGCCCUUCCUGCCACUAGCAUCAGCUGCAGGUUCACUCAUGGAUUAACUAUUUCUGUCAGCUCAGCUUCAGCAGAAGGAUACCGAGACUUAGCCAAACAUAUCCUGGCUAAUGCUACCACUGAGGUGAUGGCUGCCUGCUCACACAACCUGAGGAAUCUCUACACAUGCCAAGCAGCGGCUGGGUGGAAGUAUCAGUGCACAGAAAAAGAGGUGCUAGUUUACUACAAAGUGUUCCCCUCAGCCACAAGGCACGGGUUCUUGGGCGCAGGGAUCAUAGAAAGACCUCUUCCCUAUGUGUGGGGACUGGUGAGAGAUCCUGGCAAAAGGCACCUCUACGACCCAUCUAUAACCACAGCUCGAGUGCACAAGAAAGUAACCAGCCACAUUCAGCUGGUGUAUUUAGUGACUGAUACCUCCCUCUGUUACCUAAAGCAGCCUCGGGAUUUCUGCUGCAUUACCGUGGAAUCCAAAGAGGAGAACUUGUCUAUCCUGGCUAUUCAGUCUGUCUACGACGCAUCCAUGCCUCACCCCUGCAAAGAAGUGGUGAGAGGGGAGAUUUUGCCAAGUGCUUGGAUACUGGAACCUGAUGUAGUGAAUGGAAGAGACAUCACCAGAGUGAUUUACAUGGCACAGGUGGACCUUGGUGCCCCGGCCAUACCCACACGGCUCCUCAGCUCCAUGGCCAAGCGGCAGCCCCUGGUGAUCGCUCGACUGGCGCACUUUCUUGCUGGUUAGGUGUCUGGGUUUGGACCAAACGCUAACAGCAGCUGAAAAUCCCCAAAGAGAUGAAGUACCUGUAAGGGUCAUGUAAAAGGGACAGUGAUAGUCAGGCUUCACUUCAGGAACCUAACUGCUAAUACUGAACUAUACAGAAGUGUAGGUAAGAAAAAAUGAACCUUUUAGACAAUGCUUCUUGGAAGAAACACAGCAAGUUUAAUGGUGACCCUGCCUGCCUGCAGACAGUGGUGGAAAGCCUCCAUGGAGCAGCAGGAAGAUGUGCUGUCUCUACAAAGAGUGGAGGAAGAGACUUUGCUUUGCCACAGCCAAUAUCUUACACGCAGAAAUAUGUUACCUAAUUUCUGUUUCUCAGGAGGUUCAAAAGUCAGCUUCCUCUCUUUAAGAAAGUUUAGGCAGCAGAGAAAAAGGCAAUGGAAGCAAUGAAAUGCACCACAAACUGGAAACAGUACACAAAUGACUUGAGCCUUUUACAAGCUCUUGAGUAAAGCUGCAAAGCCACUUUUUAAUGUUGAGGUAAGUGUCAAAUGCAGAAUUCCCAACAGUGUAGGUAAGUCAUUUAACUUAGCAAGCUGACUGCACUCCCCCUGGACAAGGGAAGUCUGACCAGCACGAACUCCACUAGUCAUCCUACACCCCAGGUAAAUCUUUGACUGCUUGCAGCCGUCAAAGGUGUCUCAGAUGGCUACUACACUAUGCAGCAUCAGUGGAAACCACCACACCUCAGGACAGUUCUACUGCACUGCAGAAUUAGGUGCUUUGAAAUAAAGAAACCAAACCAACAGUUGUAAACAGUGACACUUUGUUGUUAGAGGGAGUAGUAGAAGUAAGGAACCAGCUUGUUUGCAGGAAUUAAAUCCUGCAAAUUAGCGUAUCUUUUUCCAUCAGCCUUUCCAUGCCUUUACCCAAAUGCAUUAAAGAAUGGAAACUCUCACCUGGCCAGGGUCUUCCCACACUUCCUCAUCCAUACCAUGACCAGCUCCUGUCUUGCAGCAGUGACUAUAAACUCUUCCUGUUUGAUUACCUCAGAGGAUUGCUGUUUAGUCCAGUAAUCCGUUGUCAGGCUCUACCCCUUUGUUCAGCACACUCUCUAGUCCAGUCGCAGUCCUGAAAUUCAAACAACCCACAACCAACCUCAUUUAGUUUUUCAGCACAAAGGUAAAGAAUCCCUUUAGAUAUCUUAAAUAGGCAGUAAAAGCUAUGAUAUGCUUUCUUCAGCUCAGCAAAGCCCACAUUGUUCAAGCAGCUGCUGCACUUUACACUGUCAAGUGACAGAUAUGUAU